AUGGAUUCGAAGUCAGAAGAAAUAUCUACCCAGGAGAAUGAAAUAUUGAUCACAUCAAAAAAGAAGCUGGAUGUUGUUCUCCAAUUUAUGGAGGAGAAUGAGCCUAAUUGUCCAGAGUUCACUCCCGAACAGGACAAGAAGCUUUUUUGGAAACUAUGCAGAAGAGUCAUCGUCAUGAUGUGUGCCAUCAACCUCUUACUUUUCAUGGAUAAGAACGCGAUUGGUUAUUCCAAGUUACUUGGUAUGUGGCAAGACACUCAUAUUACCUCAGCGCAGUAUAGUAACAUCAACUCCAUUUAUUACGCCGGUUACUUGAUAGGCCAGAUUCCAGGCCAUCUUCUUUUCCAGAGAUUCGGUAUCAAGUACUAUAUGACGGGUGCCGUUUUCCUCUGGACUGUUUUGAUGUUUGUUCAGCUUGCUGCUAAGAGCUAUGGCGAUGUUGCUGCAAUCAGGUUCUUUUUGGGUUUGACCGAAAGUUCUGUCACUCCUGCAAUCGAACACACGAUGUCUAUGUUCUUUACUCCUGACGAACAAGCAUACAUCAAUCCCAUUUUUUGGAUUAGUACCGUCGGUGUUGGUAUUCCAACCGGUUUCCUAUCCUAUGGAGUUUUACACUACAAAGGCUCAUUGCACCCUUGGAAGUUGUAUUGGAUCAUCAACGGUGCCUUGACAGCAGUGUUAGUGGUAUGGAUCUUUUUGGAUUAUCCUUCUAACCCGAUCAGCUACAAAGCGUUUACAAUUGAGGAGAGAGUACAGAUCAUCCGGAGAAUUAAGCAGAAGAGUAGAUCGUCUGUUGAAGAUCGGACUUUCAAAAAGUCUCAACUAUUUGAAGCACUGAAGGACCCAUUGAGCUACCUGUUUGCAUUUUUUGCGUUCUUCUCUAUGCUUGCCAACAACAUGAACUUUCAACAACAAAUCAUCUAUACCUCUCUCGGCGUCUCCAGGUUGAACACGAACUUGGUCACCGUGGCUCAGGCAGGCUACAGUACUGUUGUCUUCUGCAUCGGUACUUUUUUUAUGACAAAGUGGAAAGAUUCAUUGGCGUACCUCUCUGUGAUAUAUAAUAUUCCAGCAAUUGUGGGUGGAAUAUUGGCAGUUUCGCUACCAUGGUCAAACAAGGUUGGCAUUCUUGCCGGCUGCAUCAUCGUCCACUCUGACGGUUUUGGCUACAUCUGUGGACUCUGCUGGUCGCAGAGUUCCGCCGCAGGCUAUACCAAAAAAUUGGUCAGAACCACCAUGUUCAUGAUAGCCUACGGUGUUGCUAACAUUGUUGCUCCUCAGCUAUGGGUAACAGGUGGUAAUAGAUAUUACCAUGCUUGGAUUGUUCAAAUAGUUCUUGCUUGGGUUGGAAGCUCUGCCAUUCUCUUGACUAUACGUUACAUCCUAGCGAAGCGGAACAAGGAAAGAAAGGAGCACUUAGUCUUCGAUGAAAAAGGAAAUGUUGUCUCUUCAGCUGUUGCCUACAUUGAUGGCGAUGACGAAGAGGGCAAAAGGAAGGUUGACAUCUCCAUGUUGGAUUUGACUGAUCUACAGAACAAAGAAUUUAUUUAUCCACUAUAA